AUGGCUAUCGAAUGCAUCGUUACUGAUCGGAUUACUGGCAAAAUUCCGACGUUUUCUUUGGGACAGGACAAAUUUAAUUUUCCGCGCAACAUUCGUUUAGCUGAUCCGCGAUUUCACACAUCGUUGGAUAUUGAUCUUUUAAUCGGAAUGGACUUGUUUUGGAAUCUAAUAUACGUCGGUCAAGUCAAGUCUUCAGACAAGCAUUCAACUCUUCAAAAAACGCGACUGGGCUGGAUCUUGGCGAGUAGUUUGGACAGCACCAUAUUGACCGCCGCAAAGGUCCACUCGUUUCACGCGUCCGUAACAAAUGCGGAAUUACACGAACAUGUCAGUCGUGCCUGGCAAAUGGACGACAUCUCUACACAAUCGCACAAUUACACAAUGGAGGAAAACAUUUGCGAGCGUCACUUUUUAGACAACGUGUCUCAAAACUCUCAGGGUAGAUAUAUAGUCAAGCUUCCAAUCAGAGAGCAAAUGUUAAAUAACAUUGGCGAUUCGCGUGAGUCUUCUCUCAAGAAAUUGAGGGGCAUCGAGAGACGUUUCAAGCGCGAUCCUAUUCUUAAAAUUCAAUACGCGGCGUUUCUUGACGAAUAUUUAUCGCUGGGACAUGCGACGCAUGGAGUCACCCAUUGCGGAAGAAACAAUAUCAUUUUAUCUUCCCACCAUUGCGUCUUCAAAACAGUCGGGCAAGCGACAAUCGAAAAUCCAUGUUGCAUUCGAUGCAUCUUGCCGCAGUAG